GCGAAAAGAUCUGUUCCCUCGGGCUCGCGGGGUUCGGGGGUUGGGCCUGGGGUUUGCACAGCGGCGAAGUGGAGAAAAGCGACGUCCUGUACCCCACAACCCGUCCCGGCCCCAGGCUGCCCUCUCCACGAAGUCCUCCCGCGUGGAAGGCGGUCGGGGACCCUCCGUAACCCCUCGCUGUAUGCUAAGACGGGAACUUGGGCGCGGCGAAGCCUUUGAGCGGCCGCUCGCACCACCUGACCCCCUUAAGUCCUACCGAAAUGAUCACCAAGACCCAGAAAGUAGAUGUGGGCCUUGGGCUCCCAGAGAAAAAGAAGAAGAGAAAGGUAGUCAAAGAACCAGAAACUCAAUACUCAAUUAUAAAUGAUGGGAGUUACUUUGCUGGUACUUCUCCAGUGAGGGCCAAAUCCCUCUCUAGGACUGUGAGCCAAGAGCAGGCACCCCAUAUACCCUUGGUAAAGAAAAAAAAGAAGACGACAGGCCACCGCACCUUUUGCAGUGAGCUCCCAGAAUCUGAGCCCACAUCACGAGCCGGAAAGACAGAGAAGUCACCCAGCCCCAGGAAACAGGCCCUUGACCACUCAGAGUCCUUCAGUGGGGAGAAAAAAAAGAAGAAGAAGUCCUUGCCUUUGGUCACAUCACAGGGCUCAGAGCUAACAACCUCCCUCAACCCCAGACAAGGUGAGGAGGCAACCAGAGUUGGCAAGAAGCUCAAAAAACACAAGAAGAAAAAAAAGGCUCAAGAUACCACAGCCUGCUCCAUCCAGAACCCUUGGCUCAGUGAGGCGGGAGAUGGUAUGUACGGAUGCAUGGUGGGGAAUGGCGAGGAGCAGGCAGCCUUGGGGCAGAAAAGGAAGCAGGGCAAGUCCAGAGAACACAGCAGGAAAGUGAAGAAGAAGAAAGUCCACCGGGAGGAAGACACCCUCCUAGGCUGCUCUGAGCUCUCCAGGUCCAUGGAAACCAGCCCUAGGAAAGGAAAGAAGAAGAAGCCAGUCAGGAUUGAGGUUCUAGAGUACAUCCCAAUAGGAGAGCACCGUAAGGCCCCAGUGAAGAAGAAAACAAAGGCUAAGAAAAAGGAAGAAAAGCCAGUUGUUGAGCCAGCUCAGAAAAGGAAGAAAAAGAAGAAGAAAGAGAGCACGGUAGCAGUAGAUCCUUGUAAGGAGGAGCCAGACACAGACCUGGAGGUGGUGAUGGAGAAGAAAGGCAACAUGGACGAGGCGCACAUAGACCAGGUGAGGCGAAAGGCCUUGCAGGAAGAGAUUGAUCGGGAGUCCGGCAAGAUAGAAGCACCUGAACCCGGGAAGUGGACGGGAACCCAGUUUGGCCAGUGGGAUACUGCAGGUUUUGAAAACAAGGAACAGAAACUGAAAUUUCUCAAACUAAUGGGUGGCUUUAAGAAUCUAUCCCCUUCGGUCAGCCGCUCCCCUGGCACGACUGCAAGGCCUAACAUGGCCCUCAGCAAGGCGGCAGCCGACACCCUGCAGCAGAAGUUGCAGCAAGACUAUGAGCGGGCCAUGAGCUGGAAGUACAGCCGUGGCGCCGGACUUGGCUUCUCUGCCGCCCCCAACAAAGUCUUCUACAUUGACAAGAAUGCGUCCAGGUCUGUCAAGUUGGAAGAUUAAACGCUAAUGUCUCCUAUCCAAACAGCUCAGAUGGCUUUUCUCACAGCUUUGCAGAUGAAAGCCACCUAGCAGCUCUCCAGGAUGCAACCCUAUGGAGACUAACGACAAACUGGGUAGCUCAUGUGUCCUGGGGGCUAAAACGUAUUUUCUAUGUUAAACCUUCCAUCCCUGUGGUGACAGGGGCAUGUAAAUAAUGGCAGCUGACAGCUGACAUUGUUGAGAGUAUAGCAUGGCCCAGGCACAUGCUGUUGUUGCAUUAAUGUGUUUAAUCAUUAUGAAAUGGGUGCUACUCAUGAGGCAGCUGAGGUUCAGGGAAUGAGUAAUAAAAUUGCCCAGGGCCACCCA